AAGCCUUAACGUUCUUCGCGAUCCUCUAAAUCCUGCGCUCUGCAAGCCACAAUUUAUCGGGCCUGCGACCACAACAAAUAUGCCAAAAAUCCUCCGCCUGACCCUUUUCAAGAUCCCUGAACCUGCCCACAUCGAAGAGGCCGUUAAACAAUACUCGACUUUAACUAAAGACGCCGUCAAGGAUGGAAAUCCAUACAUUUCAGUCGCCCAAGCAACGCCAACCCUCGAUGAACCCCGAAACCAGGGCUUUACCCUCGUAGCUCGCACGGUCUUUGACUCAAAAGAAGAUAUGGAGUACUAUGAUACUGCGUGUGCUGCGCAUGGAGAGAUCAAGGCGUUACUGAAGGGCAAGGUGGCUGCUCCACCUUGCACGCUGUUAAUGGACAUGAAGGAGUAAAUACGUGUGGAUUGAAGUUUGAGGGGUGGGUAGGUACACUCAUCAGCAGGAUGCAAAAGCAAGACAUAGGACAGCAAUCAAUACAAGUAGUAGAAAACUAAUGAACCCCACUCUAUCUUACCA